GGCCGGGCAGGGCCGGGAGGUGGGGGCCGGCGGCACCGGGAGCGGCGAUCAGGCCGCCUCCGCGCCCAUGUGCCCGCAGCCCCCGCCGUCCAUGGAAGUGAUGGAGGGGCCCCUCAACCUGAUUCAUCACUUGCUGCUAGGAAACAGCACCACAACUUUCUUCAGACUGCUGCUUUUGAAUGUUCUGCCAUGAAAAUGGGAGAAAUUCCUUGGUCCUUGCACAAUCAACUAACUGGAACAAGCAUUUGCAAGGCUCACCAGCAGAGCAGAAAAGCAGACCGCUUGUUGGCAGCAGGGAAAUAUGAAGAAGCAAUUUCUUGUCACAAAAAAGCUGCUGCAUACCUUACAGAAGCUAUGAAGCUGACCCAGUCAGAGCAGGCUCAGCUAUCACUGGAAUUACAAAGGGAUAGUCACAUGAAACAGUUACUGCUCAUCCAGGAGAGGUGGAAAAGGGCAAAGAGAGAGGAAAAGCUGAAAGCCCAGCAGAACGCUGACAAAGAAGCAGCUGCACACCUUCAGACUUCUUUUAAGCCACUUGCUGAAGAAUCUGAUGAUCAGAAUGUCUUGGUUCCUGUUACUCAGAAAUACAGCCCUUCCACAGAGAAACAUCUACAUGAUAUUCAGGGUGUCUUUGACAGAGACCCGGAUACACUAUUAUUUCUGCUUCAGAAAAAAAAUGAGCCAGUGGAAGCGUGUAUUGGCAGUAAAGCUCCUAAAGACGACAAAACAAUAAUAGAAGAGCAGGCAACCAAAAUUGCAGAUUUGAAACGGCAUGUAGAAUUUCUUGCAGCUGAAAACGAGAGAUUAAGGAGAGAGAAUAAGCAGUUAAAAGCAGAAAGAGCUAGACUCCAAAAAUCUCCAGUAGAGAAGGAGUUGGAUGUAGAUGCUGACUUUGUAGAGAAGUCAGAGUUGUGGAGCCUGCAGCAACACUCGGAAACUACUUCUUCAGCUGCAACUUGGCAAAAGUUUGCAACAACUGCGGGGAAGGCAAAGGACAUUCCAAUACCCAACCUUCCCCCCCUGGACAUCCCAUCCCCUGAACUCCCUCUGCUGGAACUCUCUGAAGAUAUACUGAAAGGACUGAUGAAUAGUUAAAAACCAGGAAAAAAGUGCUCAAUGUAGUUACCUAAACUAAGAAAAGGGAAAACCACCAGGACAAUGAUAACCUGAGGGCAGAAACAUCUAACACAAUCCUACUGUUGGAGAAAAGGCAUUAAGCAACUUUGUUACUGUGAAAUACACAUCAUAUCUGAUCUACUUCAUAAAACUUAAAGGUACCAUAAUCGGUAUAAGAUGGCAAGCUCUUUAGUCUUUCUCCCAAUGUUUCAAACCAAAUGACUGCCUGGAGAAUGUUUCAUGUAACACAAUCCUUCAGGGGUUUAAAGUAUACUAUAUGUAAUAGUUAUCUAUAAUGCCAUAAAAGAUGGUGCAGAACUUAACUGUUAUGGUUGCCAGUUGGCUGGCACUUCAUAUUGAAAAAUGCUUUCUAGCAUGAAUUUAAACUGUGCAUUUCAUUAUGCAUAACUUUGUUAAUUCAGAUACAGUGCAAUUUUUACACCUCCUAGAUGGAUUUAUGUGCCACACUCUAUACUCCUGACUAAGUUAACCUCAAAUCAGGAGAGAUUUAAAUUUCCAUUCUAUGAAGGAACCAACUUAUUAGUUCUGUUGAUGAGUUUUUUUUUGGUUAUCUGUUUACAUAACUAAUCAGGGUGCAUCAAAUCUAGCUAUUGGUUUCUGUAUAAAGUGACAUUGUUUUAAAAAAAAUCUAUACUUAAGGAAAAAUACCCUUUUUGUUUUCAGUGAUGCAUGAAUGGAAGUAAUUCUAGCUGGCAGUAUUUGAUUGAACAAGAAAUUGUUUACAGCUUAACCUGAUUCAAAAAGGAUAUGAAAAUAAAAUCCAAGGUGUUUUGACAC